CGCGAGAGGCAAGAGCUCACUUGAGCGGAAGAGCAGACAGAUGGACUCUUGCCUAGUGCACCCUUAUCCACAGCCGCUCCCUCUCCCAUCCACCUCCCAACGAGCCCACCUCAAAUGGGGCCCCUGCUCCGGCCGCUGCCAUCGCCGCCGGCGCAUGGCCACAUCCGCGCUCACGUUACAGGAGCAGCUCGCGCCAACCAGCCCAAGAACCUCCCAGAGAUCGAACCACCGCAGGCUGUUCGACGGAAUGCAGGAGGGGGGCGUCGUGGCCUCCACGGCAGGCCCCCUGUUCGACGAAAUGCCCCGUCCGAGGAGCGGCGAGAAGACCGCGAGCGCGGCAAUCCUGGCGCUGGCGCAUGCCAGCAAGCACGCGGAGGUCGCCGAGCUCUUCUGCAGGCUGCAGAUGGACGGAGUCCCGGUCAGCAAGUUCAUGCUCCCGAGCGUGCUCAAAGCCUGCGCGCGCCUCCGCGACAGCAGGAUGCUCCGGGCCGUGCAUGUCCUGGUCGUCAAGUGCGCCCUGUGCCGGCAUGUCGUCGUGGGCACUGCGCUGGUCAGCGCGUACGUUGAUUCCGGUCUGAUGGACGAUGCCGGCAAGGCGUUCGCUGAGAUGGACGACGAGGCCAACAUGGUUUCUUGGAGCGUGAUCAUCGGAGGCUAUGUCCGUUCUUGCCGGUGGGACGAAGCCUGGGAUGCUUUCUCCGCCAUGCAGCGCGCUGGGGUGCUUCCAGUUGAUUCAGUUCUUGUGAUGGCGAUUCAGGCGUGCAGUGCUUUGCUGUGCCUGGUCCGUGGGAAGCAGGUGCACGCGUUGGCGGUUUCCCUCGGGUUUGAAAGGAGUGCCACUGUGUGGAACUGUCUCAUCGACAUGUACGGCAAGUGUGGCGACAUGGGUAAUUGCAGGUCGGUUUUUGAGACGAUGGUGGACAGGGAUCAGGUAAGCUGGAAUACCAUCAUCGCAAGUUAUGUCCGUCUUGGUCUUUGUGAAGAGGCGCUCGACAUGGUUAUGCAAAUGCAGCAGUCUGGUUUCACCGUCGACCGUUUCACCCUGGGCAGUGGAGUCGCAGCUUGUGCUCAUUUGGCUGACAUCGACAAUGGCCGUGCAUUCCAUGGUUAUUUGAUUAGAAGAGCAUUGGAUACCGAUGCUAUCCGGGGCAGCGCACUUGUUGACAUGUACGGGAAAUGUGGCUUAACUGAACUUGCUCGGGUGGUGUUCGACAGGAUGGAUGAGAGAAAUUAUGUAGCAUGGGAUGCACUCUUGUCUGGCUACGUCGAAAAUGGGCAGGUUGAUUUGGCACUCAGCAUCUUCCGGCAAAUGGAGUCUGCAAACAUAAAGGCUAACCAACAUACCUUUGUGAACCUUCUGAAGCUUUGUGGCAACAGGAGGUAUACAGAAUAUGGAAGACAGAUCCAUGCACAUGCCAUCAAGGCCAUAUACCAGAUGAAUGUAGUUUUGGAGACUGAGCUUAUUGACAUGUACGCCAAGUGUGGCUGCAUCGAGGUUGCCCGGUUAUUGUUCCUCAGGAUGAACGAGCGGAACCAGAUAUCCUGGAAUGCUCUGCUCUCAGGUUAUGUAGGGGAUGGACAGCCUGCUGCCUCAAUACACAUUUACCGUCAGAUGGAGCAGGCUUCCAUUAGACCUGACCAAUACACUUUGGCAGGGCUUUUAAGCCUUUGCCGGUACCAAGGGCAUCUGCGUUACGGGAGACAGAUACAUGCUCAUCUCAUCAAGACGGGCUAUGAGACGAAUGUGGUACUGCAAACUUUGCUUGUUCAUAUGUAUGUCAGGUGUAGGCAAUGGCGAGACGCUGAGAAUGUUUGCUCAAUGAUCCAAGAGAGGAAUUUGUAUGUGCAUGAUGCAUUCUCAAAGGUAUAUGGAGAUGGCUACUUUAUCUCAAGAGAAGAAUUUCAUUGUGUGACUUUAUAGCAGUUAUGGGAAAGAGCGAGCGUUGUUUCUCCGGAAUCUCUGAGGAUGCUGAAGAAUUUAAUUGUGUGACUUUGUAGCUCAGAGUGUAAGUGAAAUUCGGAUAGCACUUAGUGUGCAGCAGUGCAUUGCAUUGCCCUGCUUGCUUCUGAAUGUCAUGUUCUCUAGUCUAUUGAUGUAGUUUUGUCUCCAACAAACAAUUUGCUCUUUGUUUCCCAUGGAAAGCUUAUUCCCAUUUUCCAUGAGCUAA